UUAGGAAUUAUUUUUUUGUGACGAAGGAAGUCCGAGAGUGCGAAAUUGUGGGAAUAAAUGAUUUUAGCUGUCUGAACUUCACUCAUCAGUUUAAUAUAUUUGCAGUUAAUUUCAUUUCAUGUGUUUGUAGAACAAAGGAAGCCACAAUGCUUAUUAAAGUGAAGACACUCACUGGCAAAGAAAUCGAGAUCGACAUCGAGCCCACAGACAAGGUGGAAAGAAUUAAAGAGAGGGUGGAGGAGAAAGAGGGAAUACCACCUCAGCAACAGAGACUCAUCUACAGUGGAAAACAGAUGAAUGAUGAGAAAACGGCAGCAGACUACAAGAUCCAGGGUGGCUCGGUGUUGCAUCUAGUUCUUGCAUUAAGAGGCGGAAAGAUCCACCAGCAUCCCAACAACCUCCUCUAAACAAUCUAAUCGCUAAACCUGGGUUGGCCACCUGAAGUAUCUAGUCAGUGUUCACACAUGCCACAAAAACAUGUGAACUGUAUGGUGGUUUGAUAAAAAAUAGCCACUAUUCGUUUUCAGUUUGGAAUGUUCAGCGUUUUCCUGUUAAUGGCACUCCCCUAUACUUUGUUGAGAGUUUAGAUGUGCUGGUUUGGUUUGGUUUGGUUUGAAAACCCAUGUAUGUGUUUGUCAAUAAAAAGUGAUGCUGACAUUCAAGCAUGUUUUAGUUUAUUCUCUAAUCAUUCAGAUUUACUUUGUCAAGUGUAUAUUUCAUUAUGUAUUAGUAUUGUUUCACACAAGGGGGCGCUAUAGUAUAGUUUUUAUGGAAUGACUGCAGAGAACAAGGUCUAUUUUGGUUCAGCAUAUAGAUUUAUUUGUUGUUUAGUAUAUACAGUUGAAACAAAUACAAAACUUAUAAGAAACAUAAAGACUCUGGUAAAAACCGUUCACCCAACAGUUAAGUGUAAGUGGUAUUUUUGAGCUUUAUGAUAUCUGUAUACUUUCAGACUGUACAUGUUUGAAUACAUCUAUAAAAUCAUUCACUUAUAGAUUGUGACAAGGACAUUCAAAAUACUAAUAUAAUCUUUUGUUACUGAUAGUACUAAACGUGUGCAAAAUUGUACAGAGAUUUCAUUUUGCAUGGACUUCGGUAUCCCCGCUUAAUAGUGUUUGUGGGCAUAGAUAGUUUAAACCUUUAAUUGCAGCAUUUUCAGUCAUUUUUUGUAUAAAAUAUUGUGUUGACAACAGAGCUGGCAGUGCUGGAUAUUGAGACACAGCUCAGGAGCAGCAUCAAUAAAACCAAAGAUGCUCCGCACCUUUGAUAUUAUGUACAGUGACUAAAGUGUGUGCAACCUCUCAUCAACUAAGCAGAAGAAAUAAAAUCAGAUUAUAGAUUUAGUUUAAUAUAGUGUCUUGGGAAUGUCGAGGGGGAAAUCUCAUGCAAAAUGAAUGUGCCAUGAAUUACACUGGGAUAUGGAGAUAAGCAUUCUAUUGCUUUUAUACAGCACAAAAACAAAGCAAAACCAUUGGCAUUUUUACACAGUUUAUAUUAAAUAGAAAAAGGUGACAUUAAAAAAAAAA